AUGUCCGAGAUCUCAGCUGAAGAACGCCGCCGCAGGCGUCAGGAGCGUAUCAAAGCUAAUGCUGGCGAUCGACUGGCCAAAAUUACGGCAGGCAACAAGGGCCGCACACCAGACCCUGUUGUUAUUCCAUCCAGCGAGCCGCAGGAUUUCCCCCAAACUACACCCGAUACAUCAGCGCCCCAAUCCACUGGCGCGUCGUCUUCAUUUUCGGCAACACCUGCUUCUGUGCGUGUUUUGCCCAAUCAGCAACCCAUUGUGCAGCCGCUGUCAGCUUUGAGCGAGCUCUCGAAUAAUAACAAACAACCCCCUACAGAUCUUAACGAUACUACUCCUAGUUCCGACUCUGCGGGCAGCGUCGACAACGAUCCGCUAUUUCAGCUUCUGUCGAAACUCAAUUCUUCUACCUCAUCGGGAUCCCCUAAGCCUCAGGACUUUAACGACUUUGCAAGCCAGUUUGCCAGCAUGAUGGGCAUGUCUGUACCUACUUCUUCUAAUGGUAGUGGGUUUUCAGAACCUCCAUCAACACCCUUUCCAUUUGGUGCCCAACAACAACAACAACCACCACCACCAGUUACCCCUGAGCCUUCUCCAAAAUCAAGCCGAACAGACCUGUUAUGGACCGCGCUACACUUUGUUGUUUUUUCGGUUCUUGCCAUUACUUCUGGUCUUGUAUUUUCUCAACGUCGCCAGUUUACAGAACUUGACAUUGUCCGGAUCAACGAGUAUUACGAUCCUUCCUUUGAGUAUCUGGCACCACCUGCAGACAAUGCACUUGAUUCUGCGUCGGAAGCUCCACCUAACUUGAUUCCACCAAAGUUGCUGUGGUACUUUAGCACGCUAGAACUCGUGCUGCAAACUUCGCGGUUUUUUAUUGAGCGUGGUGCUCCUCCUGCCGACUCGAAACUCACCAAGUUUGCAUCGUACCUGCCACAUCCAUUCAACACGUACUUGUACACUGGUGCACGAUAUGCUCGCAUGGUAAAGACAAUUGUGCAGGACUUUUGCUUGCUAUUGUUUAUUGGUGGCAUUUACUCUCUCAUUUCUUCUUAG